GAAACAUAUUUAUGCUCCCUGACUUUUGACUCUGCCCGACUUUUUUCUCCUGUUUUAGCCUCUAUAUUGAAUAUCUGUUAGUGUUGGUAGGUUGAGUCUAGGUGAGUAGAGUUAUGUAUUGUCACUAUCAGAGUUAUUGCUCAUUUUAUUAUAUUGUCCAUUCCAACUUGUACAGUUAGUAGAGCAUGACCUUUGGUCCCUACUAAAACAUGAGAGCUAUAUCUAAAACCAUAUCACACUCAUAUAAUGAGCUUGGUUAAAUAUUAAUUAGUAGAUUCAUUAUUUUAACCUCAUAAUAUUGUAAAUUGACUGAUAGCAUUCAAAGCUCUGCUCCUUCAUCUCCCACACUACACUUUGAUGAGGAACCUCUGCAAAUUCAGCCGCAUAUCAAUAUGAGCAACUUUGGGCAGAUCCUAAAGGAGAUUGGGGAGUUUGGAUUAUUUCAGAAAUGGUUAUUGGUUGCAUUAUGCAUUCCCUGCAUAUUUGCAGCUUUCGACAUGAUUGGUCAGGUGUUUACAGGAAUGAGCUUUCCACAUCACUGUAACACUGACUGGAUCUUGGCGCUUGGGCCAAAUCUGACAGAUGAGAGACAAAAAAAUCUCACCCUCCCGGUAAAGGAUGGACGUUUUGAAAGCUGUAAAAUGUUCACACCUGUGAAUUUGGAUUUGGAGACCAUUGAAGCGUAUGGGAUUAACACUACAACUGGAUGCAUAGAUGGAUGGGACUAUGACGCACCCAUAGGUGCUUCCAGCCUUGUGACAGAGUUUGAUCUGGUGUGUGACAAAAGUGGUUUGAUUGAGGCAUCACAGUCUAUCUCCAUGGCAGGUGUUCUGGUUGGGGCGCUGAUGUAUGGGGCAAUUUCUGACAAGUUUGGUCGACGCUCUGCGAUCCUGCUUUCACUCCUUCUCUCUCUGUUGUUUGGUGUGGGUGCUGCUUUCUCACCAAACGUCUAUGUUUAUAUGGUUCUCAAAUUUUUCUCUGGGACUUCAGUUGUUGUCAUUCAGAUGAACGCAGCUGUGAUGGCUUUGGAGUGGACUGAUCCUUCUAAGGCUGCUCUUUGCACAGCGUUCAUCAUGAUACUAGUUGCUGUUGGACUGAUGUUAUUGUCUGGCAUUACCUAUUUAAUCCACAACUGGAGGAUCCUGCAGCUGGUGCUCUUCAGCCCUCUUCUCCUUUUCCUGGGGACCAAUUACUGGUUUCUCCCAGAGUCAGCUCGCUGGCUGAUGACUCAGGGCAGGAAGGAGGACGCACAAAAGGAGCUCCGGAGGGCAGCCAGGGUGAACGGGAGGACGGUCCCAGAAGAUCUGCUAGACAAGCUUGAGAUGGAGGGCACAUCCGAAAAAAGAAACAUGUUGGACAUCUUCCGGAUACCGUAUUUGAGAAAACGUACUCUCAUCAUGGGCUUUAACUGGUUCUCAGCAAGUCUUCUGUAUUAUGGACUGAGCCUGAAUGUUGGAGGUUUUGGGCUGAAUAUCUACCUCACACAGUUCAUCUUUGGUCUUGUCGAAAUUCCUGCAGACCUGAGUACUUUGGCUGCAAUUCAACACUUUGGAAGGAGAAUAUGUCAAGCAGGCUUCCUGUUCAUUGGGGGUGCUGCUUGCCUCGUGGUCCUUGCUGUCCCAAAUGAUCUUCCUGUGGUGGUAACAACAUUAGCCGUACUGGGGAAGUUUGCUGCUACCGCCUCUUUCACCACAGCCUACGUUUACACUCCAGAAUUAUACCCAACCAUUUUAAGGCAGAAUGGUUUCGGUCUAAACUCCAUGUGUGCUCGUGUGUCCGCCAUCCUCGCUCCACUGAUCAGCCUCCUGGACGUCUACCAUUACACCAUCCCCAUGCUGAUAUACGGCAUCAUCCCCUUUGCUGCUGGAGGUUUCUGUUUGCUACUGCCUGAAACCCUCAAUGUUGAACUUCAGGACCACACUGAGCUUAAGUGA